ACUAACAGCCAAAACAUCAAGCAGCGUAUUCAAAAGACUUUCAGAUUGUAUCAAAGACUCCACCUCAUUCAAGUACAUACAUGCACACGGUGCCGAUCGUGCAGUUACGCAGGACACGACAGCUGUGAAGCAGACUUGCGGCAAGGCUGUGUCAAAGAUGAAUAUGACUGGGGAAUAUGACAGCUAUGACAGUAUGGAAAGUCCAUGUGAGAUGAAUAGUAAUUCAGUAAACCUUCACGUUAAGUACUAUCUCCAGGUCUACGUGCACUCCCUUAUCUGCAUUGUAGGUUUCAUUGGCAAUGUCCUGGUGAUCCUUACAUAUGCUUUCUAUAAGCGCACCAAGUCCAUGACAGAUGUUUACCUACUUAACGUGGCCAUAGCAGAUGUCCUGUUUGUAGUGGCCCUGCCUCUGAUCAUCUUUAGUGAGCAGAGUGGCUGGGCAUUGGGUGAUUGGUCCUGCAAGCUGUUGCGUGGAGUCUACAGCAUCAACCUGUACAGCGGCACCCUACUGCUGGCUUGCAUCAGUUUAGACCGCUAUUUGGCUAUUGUACAAGCUCGCCGCUCUUUCAGAUUCCGCUCAAGCAUGAUGGUCUACAGUUACGUGAUCUGUUCAGUAGUCUGGCUUUUAGCCUUGCUCCUGACUUUGCCCACUUUCAUCUACUAUGAACGCUACAAACUCAGUGAAACAUUCAAUACAACAUUUCUAGAAUAUACAGAGAUUUCUGAUGGUACAUACUUGACUGAGGAGCCUUGGACUUCAACUUCUUCACUUCCACUCAACUUGCAAGAGGAGAAACACGUUUGCUUCUUCCGCUUCAAGGACAACAACACUGCAAAGCAGGUCAAGGUACUAGCGCCAAGUGCCCAGGUGGCUAUAGGGUUUUGCUUACCAUUGCUGAUCAUGGGCUUCUGCUACUCCAGUGUGGUGUUCACACUCCUGCGUGCCAAGAACUUCCAAAGGCACAAGGCUGUGCGUGUGGUCCUGACUGUGGUGCUGGUCUUUGUCAUCUGUCAUCUGCCUUACAAUGCAGCACUGCUCUACGACAUCAUUUACAUGUUCUCCAGUACAGAAUGCAGCGAUUAUAACAACACACACCUGCUGCUGACCCUCACAGAAAGCCUGGCCUACCUGCACUGCUGCCUUAACCCACUGCUCUAUGCCUUCAUUGGUGUCAAAUUCAGGAACCACUUCCGCAAGGUUGUGGAGGACCUCUGGUGCCUUGGGAAGAGCUACAUCGGGGCACGGCGCACCUCACGAAUCACCUCUGAGGCAUACUUAUCUUCCCGAAGGUCUGUAGACAGCUCAGGGAACGAAAACGGCACCUCCUUCACCAUGUAAAAAAAUUGGGUAUCCCUGGUUAACAAUUAUAGCUGAGGUGUAUUAAGACUAUCAGGUUUGUGGUUCUUUGCUGCACAUAAAAACAAUGCAAGCUCCAUGCUACAGUUAAAUGUUUUUUUGUUUUGUUUUGUUUUGUUUUUUAAAUAAAUGUUUAGUCAUUGCAGCAAGAAGAUUUUAUGUAACUCCUAUUCAUGUUUAGUAAUCCCUUUUUGUAUUUGUACAUAAAGUGUUUUAUUAUAUCUUGUUGUCUUCUGUAACUUUAUUUCGUAAAUGAUAUGAGCUUCAAAUGUAUAAAAUAAUUUUUUUAGUUUUUGCACUGAAGUGUUCCUGUACCAGUGUGGUGCGCUUUGUGUUCAUUAUAGCUAUUGAGCACGCACACACACACACACACACACACCUUGUAAAUAAAGAUACUUGUAUCAAUCUA